UUGACAGAAGCGAGCAAUGUGAGUGUGGACUUUACGGCUCUCCUUGAAGCAGAUACACCUCCAGCGAGUUCGAUUGGUGGAGCGGUUACUAACGGUGACAGUGAUGGUGAUGUUACGGUUCUACCCGGUAUCAGCGCUCCUGAGCCCAAGCCAGAAACGUUACUGCAGCCAGAAAUGACCGCUUUGAUUGCCAGGAAAAACUCUACACUGGCCUCUACUGACGCUGCAUCGCUCUCUGCUCCUGCUGACAGAUUUACAGAAAGUGGCACUAAUGCAGCGCCGCCUUCCAUAUCAAGUACGGUAGCAUCGUCUAAUGAACAAAGAAACUACGAAGAUAAUCAAGAGGACAGCAAGACCACACGGACAACGCCUGGAGGCAAAGUUAUGUCGGAAUCUGUGGUUGAUGGCAUUCGAGUGACAGAAAACUUGAUGCCAGCCAGAACAAGCGGGAUAAAACUUGAGGCGAAUUCAAAGGUCGCAGGGCGUGAAGCUCCGACGGCUACUUCACAGUCGCAUAGCCGCCUUGAAGCCAAACAAACGAGGGGCAGUCUUGAUUCUGUGGCUUCUUCCUCAGUCUUGCCACCCAAAGCAGAUGAGAUAGUGUACAAUGCCUUAUCCAAAGGUGAUAAAAUAUCAUCUUUGAAUGACAAAAUCUCUACUAAGCAUAUAACUGGAACUGAUAAUUUUGCUCAUUCACCAGUCACUUCUGUUACAAUUACUUCAGGUAUCAGCGAGAGUAUCGGUUCCCCAAGGCCGAGCAUUGCGAAUCCGUCUGACUUGCCGAUCAUAAAGCAACAGGCCCCUUCAGACACUUCGCUUCUCCUGCCAAACUUGAAGGUUGCAUCUUUGAGCCUUCAAACUAAGGUGAAAAUUAAUUAUUGCCAAAGUGAUCUGUUAUUCAUUCAGAAGUUUUUCGCAUCUGAUGUUCAUUGA